GGGAGCGCGGUUCCCAUAGCAACCGCCGGCCGCCGCCAUGUCCUUCAAGCGGGAAGGCGACGACCCCGCGGAGCUCGGGGUGCUGCAGAAGAGACGCGUUGCAGACCUCUUGGCCAGCUACAUCCCCGAGGAGGAGGCGCUGCUGCUGAGGAGCGGGAGGUACGCCUGCACCGUGUGCGCCCAUCGCCCCGUCUUCGACACGCUGGACGUGCUGAGCGUGCACAGGGCUGGCAGGAAGCACAGGAGCAGCCUGCAGCGCUUCUAUGGCAGGAAGGGCUCGGGUGAGGACACGGCGCAGAAGCUGCAGCCCAAGGAAGAGGUGCAGGCAGAGGGCUCCCCAGCCCCUCUUCUGGCACGGACAAGGAGGAUUGCCCAGAGUGCUCUGCUGAAAGCAGCUCCCUACAGCAGCUGCUGCCGGAGGACGGGGGUGGAGGGAAGCAGCUCACGAGCUUGGACGGGGCCGAGUGCUGCCCCGGCGCUGCCAGAGCCGUCACAGAAGGAAGGAGAAGCUGUUGUCAGCAGCACUGCAGCUGUGCUGCUGGGGCACCGUGGUGGGCAAGCAGACCCCGUGAAGGUGACGCCCGGCCGCAGAAACAAAGCUUCCUCAGCCCCGGGGCAGCCCAAAGCCCUCAGCCCCGAGAGGCGCCAGGCGCUGGAGCAGUACCUGAGGCUGCGGAGCGCCGGCUGGAUCCGGGACCGCUCGGGCAAGUGGGUGAAGGACGAGAACGCUGAAUUCGACUCCGACGAGGAGGAGCCGCCCCUGCUGCUGCCGGCGUGAGCCCCCCCCCAACCCCUGCCCCAGCGCUCCCCAUGGGCACGGCUCCCCCCCCC